GUGUUAUUGAUAUGGGAUUGACGGGUAGUGGAGAAAAUGGAGGAGUACAUAGGGAGGUACACGAUAGCAUGCUCUUUUAAGAGUGUGUCAGAUAACUUUUUAUGGGCUUUUGCAGGAGUAUACGGUCCAAAUCUAGAUAACAACAGAGUGUGUUUGUGGGAAAAAUUGGCCGGUAUUCAUAGUUGGUGGAACCUCCCAUGGUGGAUAGGGGGAGAUUUUAAUGUCAUUAGAUUUCCUAGUGAGUCUUCCAGUAGUAGAAGAGGGCAGUCAGCUAUGGUAGAGUUAUUUAAAUGUAUCUCUGAUUUGAAUUUGGUUGAUUUGGCAUUAGUUGGUGGCUUCGCCACGUGGGCUAAUAAUCAUUCUUGGUCUCAGUUGGAUCGUUUCCUCAUUUCUCCUGAGUGGAAGAGUCAUUUCCCAGACGUUUGGCAAAAGCGUUUGCCUAGUAUCAACUCGGACCAUUUGCCCAUCUUGCUUGAUUGUAGUGGUAUCCGUGGUGGUAGAAGGUAUUUUAAAUUCGAAAAUAUGUGGUUAAAAUCUGAAGGCUUUGUAGAAAGAGUAAGACAGUGGUGGUCCUCGUACCAACUUCAGGGCACCCCUAGUUUUGUCCUUGCAGGAAAAUUGAAAGCGCUAAAAAGAGAUCUGAAAUUAUGGAAUAUGCAAUCUUUUGGGGACCUAAGGGAAAACAAGAAGGGUAAGUUGAAGGAGAUCUUGGAUAUUGAGAGGAUCCAAGAGGCGAGGCCCCUUAACCAAGAUGAAGUAGAACGGAAGACCUUGUUGGGUGAGGAGCUUGAGAGAAUUAUCUUGCUAGAAGAGAUUUCUUGGCGGCAAAAAUCAAGAGCCUUGUGGCUCAGGUAAGGAGACCGAAGUACCAAGUUCUUUCAUUGAGUUGCAAAUUCUCACAGGAGAAACAAUAACAUUGAGAUUCUGAAGAUUUACGGUGUUGAUUGCAGAGAAGAACAAGUUAUUCAGGAUCAUGUAGUUGGCUUCUAUGAGCAACUCCUAAUUGAACCAAUGUGUUGGCGGCCAUCCCUUGAUGGGCUGGGUUUUGACGCCAUUGUUACGAGUGAUGCCUCUCGGAUGGAUAGGGCUUUUGAGGAAGAGGAGGUGGCGGAGGAAGUGUGGAAAAUGGCUAAGGACAAGGUGCGGGGGCUAGAUGGUUUCUCUAUGGGUUUUUUUCAAGAUUGCUGGGAUGUUGUAAAUGAAGAUAUUAUGAAGGUGUUUCAAGAGCUCUUCGUGGCCGGAAAAUUC